AUGUCUGACAAGUUUCUUACGGUCCCACACCAUACAACCGGAAGAAAGCUGCCGAUACCUGCUGCAUCCACCACUAGCAUUCCGAGCAGGUGCAUCAGUCCCGAGAAACUAAACAGUCUUCUAAAUGAGAAGUUUCCAUCUGGAAACUAUAACGUGGACGUCAGUCAAAAUGUGUAUCAAAUACGAGCACCCAGGCAUCUCAGCGAGCUGGAGCUUUUUCGGUAG